CUCACACACUACAGAUCCCAUAAUGCUCCGCGCGAAACAAACAGCGCAACCUGCGCAUGCGUACAACUCUCUUUGGCUCCAAGAUGGCCGACACAGCGACCGGUAGCUCCGGCACGCGGGCGGGCGGGAAGCAGGCGAGCACCCCGGCUGAUAACUACUACCUGGCUCGGAGGAGGACGCUGCAGGUGGUGGUGAGCUCCCUGCUCACCGAGGCCGGCUUCGAGAGCGCCGAGAAGGCGGCGGUGGAGACGCUGACGGAGAUGCUGCAGAGCUAUAUCUCUGAAAUGGGAAGGAGCGCCAAGUCCUACUGUGAACACACAGCCCGGACACAGCCCACGCUCUCUGAUAUCGUGGUUACCCUGGUGGAAAUGGGGUUCAAUGUUGAAACGCUUCCCGCAUAUGCCAAGCGCUCGCAGAGGAUGGUCAUCACUGCCCCUCCUGUGACAAACCAGCCCGUGACUCCCAAAGCCCUGACAGCCGGGCAGAACAAGCCACAUCCAUCCCACAUUCCCAGCCAUUUCCCGGAGUUUCCAGAUCCUCACACUUACAUCAAGACACCGACAUACCGGGAGCCUGUGUCUGAUUAUCAGGUCCUGCGGGAGAAGGCAGCAUCGCAGCGGCGCGAUGUGGAGCGAGCCCUGACCCGCUUCAUGGCUAAGACAGGAGAAACACAGAGUCUCUUCAAAGACGAUGUCAGUACCUUCCCCUUGAUUGCUGCCAGGCCUUUCACUGUCCCCUACCUGACAGCUCUUCUCCCCUCUGAGCUGGAGAUGCAGCAAAUGGAAGAGACGGAUUCAUCUGAGCAAGACGAGCAGACAGACACUGAGAACCUGCCCCUGCACAUGAGCACGGAUGAUUCAGGACCUGAGAAGGAGAACGCUUCGGUGUUACAGCAGAACACCUCCCUGUCAGGCAGCCGGAACGGGGAGGAAAACAUGAUCGACAAUCCCUACCUCCGGCCAGUGAAGAAGCCCAAGAUCCGCAGAAAGAAGUGAGGUGUGUGGCCAGCUGGCUGCUCAGAGGAAGAGAAACCUGGAGGGGAUUUCACUUGCACAGCAGUGGGGAGAGGCAUGGAGCAAGACAGGAAAGGCAGAAGCAGAAUGAGCUCUCUCUGCCUAGUGAACCGCACUCUCAUCUUGGUCUGCAAUGCUCCCUCUUCUCCCUCUGCUCUCCUGCUGACUUAGAACAGUCAAUUGCCAUAAAAGCAUUGAAGGCCACUGGGUUCCAGAUGGGAAUUGUCUGGUUUACUUUGGUUUGUUCUCACUGGUGUAGGAUUUACUCUCGGAAGAGAUGGGGGACAUGGAAGGUUCUUGUUGCUCAGUGCUUCCCCAUGGGCUUUGCAGGAUACAAAGGCAUCAUUCAUUUGUGGCUGGCUGGCAGGCUAGAAAAGAAACUUCUUCAACCAACCCUGCCUGGCCCUAUAAUCUAAGGAGCAUGUAUUAAGAGAGGCAGAACAAUCCCAGAGAGGUUUCUUUCUUUGGAUUCUUGGCAGGUAAAAGCAAACAGACUUUUCCUUUCUAAACUAAAGGUGGCUGGCGCAUCGGUAAGAGAGCGUACAGAGUGAGGAUGGCAUUUUAUUCCCACUUUUAUAUCUGCAGCUGCACUUCAAAGUGCUUAAGUGUGCUGUUUACCCUGUUCUGCUUUGAGGUUGUUUUCCAGCGGUGUGAAUGGCAGGAUUCAACAGCUGCUUCAGGCUAUUUUUCAAUUCUAUUGUUAGUUUCAACACAGCACAACUCCUUGGAGAGUUCCUGCCUCCACCAGUUGGUUUGAAAGAUGCUGUGCUAAAAAACUUGGAAUAUGGAAUAAAGCUGUAUGGAUAAAGCA